UCAACUCAGAUCAAAACCUACUCUUGGGAUAAUGCCCAGGUUAUCCUGGUUGGCAACAAAUGUGACAUGGAAGAUGAACGGAUCAUCUCAACCGAGAGAGGCCAGCACUUAGGAGAACAGCUUGGGUUUGAGUUUUUUGAAACCAGCGCCAAGGACAACAUCAACGUGAAGCAAGCCUUUGAGCGCCUCGUGGACGUCAUCUGUGACAAAAUGUCAGAGAGCUUGGAGACCGACCCAGCGAUCACCGCUGCAAAGCAGAGCACCAGACUCAAGGAAACACCUCCCCCACCUCAGCCCAACUGUGGCUGCUAAUGUCUCCCACACAGGAGCUCCAAGUGGCUCCCCAGGGGCCAAGAAAUAGCAUUUAUAAAUGGUCUAUUAGCCUUCACUUAUACUGCCUAAGAAUUAUUUGAAGGAAGUCUUUGAUGUCAGUGGCCCAUAUAUGCAUUCAAACCUUGAGCAAUUUCCUGUGUUAAUACGUGGCAAAUUCGAGCUUACAUUUGUAAGGAACUUUCAUCUAUAAACACCUGGUACUUGCAUGUAACUUGUUAUUUAUUUGUCUUUUAGAAUUUUUUUUUGCAAUUUUUUUUUGUCAAUUAAGCUACUGCUGAAACCUCAGACUAUAAUUUCACUGCACAUAACUUUUGUGUCAUGGAUUCAAAUCAUGCUUCUCACUUGUAUGGAUGAUGACUAGGGACCUCCUGUGUGUGUAUGCUGUGAGCAGGGCGAGAUGACAGGAACUUAGUUUGGCUGAAAAGGAAGUGGGACUUUUGCUCUUGAUUGGAGACCCUACCAGAGGUCUGAGCAGUUUACUAUUAGGGAAUGUAUAUACAUUGCACUUUCAUUAAUAAUAAUUGAAGGGUGUGUUGACUCUUUAAAAAAAUGAAGAGGAUGGGUGCAGUGGCACUGGGAGGCUGAGGCAGGAGGAUGAAUUAAAGUAAGCCUGAGCUACAAUCCAUAAAACUCUUAUCAUAAAAAAAAUAGAAAAGAAAAUGAAAUUGAAAUGUUUCUAAGGCCCUUGCAAGUCAGUAAUGUGAACGUGACUGGA